AUGAGCGCGGAGUUCGUCGUGGCGCCCUGGCCGUCUUCUCCGCUGUGGCCUCUUUUUCGGCUGCUGAAGCUGCAGCUGCUGACAGCCCCAGAGCCUUCUUUGGUGGAGCUCUGCAGCUUUUCCUUUGCUGCUGCUGCUGCUGCUGCUGCAGUGCAGCAGCUGCUGCAGCUGCAGCAGACCCCCACCCCGCUGCUCUACGGCGCGGCCCCGGGCCCUGCGGACGCAGCAGCAGCAGCAGCAGCAGCAGCAGCAGCCGACGCUGCUGCUGCUGCUCAGCAGGCUGCUGCUGAACUUGAAGCAGCUGCUGCUCUUCUCUUUUACUCUCCGAAUUCUCCAGUGGACUUCUCGGCGGAUAUUUUGGCCGCGGCUCAGCAGCAGCAGAGCCAGCAGCUGCAGCGGCUGGAACAGCAAAAUCAGGAGCAGCAGCAGAAUCAGGAGCAGCAGCAGACACGGGAGCAGCAGCACAGUCAGCAGCAGCAGAAUCAGCAGCAGCAGCAAGAACUGAGGCAGAAACACAAUCAGCAGCAGCAGCAGCAGAGACUGCAGCAGCAGCAGAGACUGCAGCAGCAGCAGAGACUGCAGCAGCAGCAGAGACUGCAGCAGCAGCAGCAGAGACAGCAGCAGCAGCAAACGCAGGGGACAGUAGUGGCUUCGGCUUCAAAGGCAGCAGCAGCAGCAGCAGCAGCAGCAGCAGGAAAGUUGUGA